AAGAAGAAAAAGAAAAACAGCUGUUUUUGUUUUGGUUGGAGAGCGGCGUGCAACUUGACCGAUUACGUACACAGCUAAUAAUGAGAUGUUUUCUGGCCAGGCUUUGGAGGCAUCGCGAUGCAAUCGCCCCACAGAAAUUGUCCCGCUCACUUACUGCCAUUGGAUACAGUGGAAGCUGGAGUUGGAGUAGUUGCCGUUUGUAUGCGAGCAGUAUUAAAGACAAUCCCAAACCAAAUGCCAGCCAAACUGAACAGGCACACUGUAAUGUUGGCACCAUUGGCCAUGUGGAUCAUGGCAAGACGACACUGACGGCGGCAAUUACCAAAAUCCAAUCCACUAAAGGUCUGGCUGAUUACAUAUCCUACGACCAAAUCGAUCGUGCGCCCGAGGAGAAGGCGCGUGGCAUCACCAUAAAUGCCUGCCACAUUGGCUAUGCCACCAAGGAGCGCACCUACGCACACACCGACUGUCCGGGUCAUGCCGAUUACAUCAAGAAUAUGAUAUCAGGUGCCUCUCAAAUGGAUGGUGCCAUUCUAGUGGUGGCAGCUACCGAUGGACAAAUGCCGCAAACCCGUGAGCAUUUGCUGCUGGCCAAGCAGGUGGGCAUUCAGCGCAUUGUGGUGUUCAUCAAUAAGGCGGACCUGGUCGAUCAAGAGGUGCUUGAGCUGGUCGAGAUUGAGAUGCGUGAGAUGUUGUCCGACUUUGGAUUUGAUGGCGUCAACAGUCCAGUUAUUUGUGGCUCUGCCUUGCUAGCGCUACGCGGUGAUCAAUCCAGUUUUGGUGUGCCCGCCAUCGAGCAGCUCCUGGAGCACUGUGAUGCGUAUAUACCCACACCUAAGCGGGACACUACAGCGCCCUUCAUUCUGCCCAUUGACAAUGCAUUUACGGUGCCCGGACGAGGCACUGUAGUCGUUGGCACCAUCAAACGUGGCACCAUCCUACGCAAUGCGGAUGCCGAUCUGCUGGGCUUCAACCAGAACCUUAAAACCAGCGUCAGUGACAUUCAGAUCUUUCGGAAGAGCGUGCCUCAGGCUCUGGCUGGUGAAAAUGUGGGUGCCCUGCUGCGAGGCAUUAAGAUUUCAUCUGUGGAGCGUGGCAUGCUGUUAUGUGCAACCGGCUCGGAGAAUAUAUCCAAUCACUUCGAGGCCUCCAUGUAUUUAUUGUCCCGUGCCGAGGGCGGACGCUUCAAGCCAAUGCUCUCCAAGUACAUACAACAGCUGUUCAGCAUGACAUGGAAUAUUCCAGCUCGCAUUGAUAUUGUGCCCAACGAAUCCAUGUUGAUGCCCGGCGAGCACGGCCAGGUGCGUGUAACCUUGAUGCGCAAGAUGGUGAUGACUCCGGGACAAGCGUUCACAAUACGCGAGAACGGAAUGACGGUGGCAACGGGCAUGAUAACCCAACGUUUACCAUCCCUCGACCUGCCCAAGAACAAGUUGUCCAAGGCGCCAGUUGAAUGCUAACUAUAAUUAUAAUAUUAUACUAUUGUCGCCAGCAUUGUAAAGCGCCUUUGUACAAAUUCUUUAUUUAAUUAUUUUCAGUGUACAUGUGUAUGUAUUUAAUAUAAAUAUUAAGCAUAUUCAUAAACAAACAAAUGCCAACAACAGUUUGUUUCAAUAAAUCAUCUCUGUUUGCUUCAACA